GUGUAGCAAAAGGAGUUGAAUCAUCGGACAUAAAUGAGCACGCCCAAGUUUCAUCAUCAUCAUCAAGCUAUUUGAGGGCGAGUCUGUACUCUUUUAAUAUAAUAAAGAUCUCUCCUUUGGCUACUUGUUUGAAGUAAGGGAGCAUCCAUGGAAGAACCUAAGCCCGCUCAAACCCCUGCUCAAACUCAAAUCCCAGAUUCUAAACCAGAUCCAGAUUCCAACAUACCCCAAAAUCAAACCCUCCCUCAAUCUCAACCUCCGAUGCCGGCGCCGCCAUCAACCCUUCCUCCUCAAAGCAAGAAGAGACCCCUUAACCAAAACAUUCAAGACUCGCCGUACUACAAGAUGCGACUCAUUGUUAAAGACCUUCGUCCCCAUUUCAUCGAGGUACUGAAAACGUCUGACUUCCAGAAAUGCGAUGCAGCCCGUAAGAUUCAAGAACAGAUGAAGAUUCUGAUGGGUUUUUACAAAGAGAUGAUAGCAGAGCCAGCAGUCUCUUCUUCUUUGGAGAAUUCUAAUAAUGGCAGACCAGUUAAAGACACCCCAAAUGGCCAAGACAUUCAGCCAGACAGAAAAUUUGUGAAACCUAGUAAAGACAGGGCUGUUCCAACAGGAAACACAAACGAGAGACAAUUGUCGUCAGAAGAUGGUAAAAACAAUGUGGGAUUUUUCGUGGGAGGAUCAGCUUUCGGUUGGAAUUUCACCUCUUCUUUUGGGAAUAGCGAACCUGUGUAUUAUGGAAGAACAAAGGAAGCAUAUAGGGCCGCUAAGGUGAUAGUUGAUGAUAAGGCUGCACCGCCGUCAUCAUCAUCGUGAUCUAUAUUGUAACCCCUGUAUGGUCUUCAAAUCCUUAGUUUGCUUUAUAAUAAGCAAAACUUAAACUCAGCUGAAACUAUUGAGGAUAUGGGCACUUUAUAUUGACCCUUUUGCGUUGAUCUAAUAUUUUGUAAUGUCAAAUUUAUAAGCGAUCAUGGCGAUGCGUAAUGCAAACUGGUUUUCGACACUUUAGGUUUAGGAUUUACAAGUUGAGCCAACAUUCCAUCCACAUAUGCCUUUGGUCCUGAUAAUUUUUCUUGUUGCUUUGGUGGUUCUUUUUGUUUUUAGAACCAGAGAUUAUUUCUUGAAGAAAACUAGUACAAAUUAA